AGAGUUGGAUAAGCUGGAGAAAGAGGUGCUUGCCACCAUGGUGAAAAACGACCAGAAGAACAGAGGCUUUAUCGGAGCGCUACUGGAGGACUCGGUGAGUAGGAUCUUGGAAGGGAAAACGGAGAUAGAGACGGAGAUGGAUGACGAGUUGAAGAUUGAGGAAGAUGAAGAGGAGUUCUCAGAGUGUCAUACAAGUGUGGAGGAUUUUGAAUAGGAUUCAGUUGUAUAAUGACCACUCGUGGUAUAUUGUUGUGUAAUUUGAUAUAUGUAAUUCGAGAUGAUAUAUUCCGUAUAAUAUUAUAAUUUUAACACAUUCGAUCAAAUCAUUAAAAAUUUCAUCAAUAUUACCUCAUAUCCACGUCUUAUUAGUACGUAUGUACGUAUUAGUUGUGUGGCAUUAUGCAAGUAAGCCUGCCCGUCCCGUGUUAAAACUGCUACAAAUGUCUUAUACAAGUGCUUUUCUCCUCUGGCUAACAACCCCCGCAACGCAUUUUCCCUAUUCUCCUCAGCUUCCACGGAUUCACGGUUGGUUUAGACCUUGAUGCCUCUAGGGUAGUAUCCAAAUGCCGGAUGGUAUUAUCACAAGUACACGGGAAAGAUUUCCAAGCCGAUGUCUUCUUGCGGCGCGUUACUCGGCCCCUGGAUCGGCUCCGGAUUCGCCACGGUCGCGGCCAUGGUGUUUACGAAAAAAGUAUUUCACUGCUCCGGCCCAGGCCGUGCACGUCCUGCUCCUCUUAUCCAUCACGCAGGCCUUCUUCAUGGGGCUACAGUUCUACGAUGUUAAAUGGUGGUGCUGCAACAUGCAUUUGUGGAGAAGACCGGACCUGGUCGGCGUUGCUGACCUAGUCCCAAGGUUCAGGAUAGCCGUAACUGUCGGCCACGCCGUCGUUGCCGGCAUUUUCAUCGUUACGAGUAUUAUUAGCUGUAUAUGGUCUGUUUGGGUGCGUAUGCAGAUGACAGAGGAAGGUGUGAGUAUUAGGACGGAGCACGUGGUCAAAGUUAGCACAGAUAGGAUCCUUGAAAUGGAAAUGUAACCCCCAUCGGAUGGAGGGUGCAUAAGCCCUGUCCGGGGCCUAAUCAGAAGAAGUGCAAGCUUGGGCGGUGGAGUGACGUUACAAGACCGGCUGCGUACGUUUCUGAACGGUUGCAAAUGUCCGUUAUAUAGCGGAACCCGUUGGCUAUCUCUUAGCUACCUAGGUAUGUUUGUGGUUUUGGUGCUUAAUGUAAUAACAUAUUUAGUCGUAGUGGCAGCGGUUUAAAACUGAGAGUAAACGUUAAUGGACUUGGAGUAAAAUACCCCUCACAGUGUCC